AUGAACGUGGUGGGCGGAUACCCGGGCCACCCGCACCCGGCGCUGCUGCACGAGCCCUUCCUCUUCGGGCCGCCGCCGCCGCCGCCCCCGGCGCGCUGCUUCCCGCCGGCCGAGCGCCCCUUCGCGCCGCCGGGCUGGCUGCUGAGCGCCGCCGCCGCCGCCGACAGCCCUCCCGAGGGUCUGGGUGGGCGGCGGCGGCGGGCCGGGGGGCCGGCGGCGGCGGCGGCGGGUGGGCCGCGCAAGGAGCGACGCCGCACCGAGAGCCUGAACAGCGCCUUCGCCGAGCUGCGCGAGUGCAUCCCCAACGUGCCGGCGGACACGAAGCUCUCCAAGAUCAAGACGCUGCGCCUGGCCACCAGCUACAUCGCCUACCUCAUGGAGGUGCUGGCCAAGGACGGGCCGGCCGCCGAGGGCUUCAAGGCCGAGCUCAAGAAGGCCGAGCCCCGCGACGCCAAGCGCAAGCGCGAGCCGCAGACCGAGGUCUACUCGCACGCUUUAGGCCCCGGAGAGAAAAGGCUUAAGGGCAGGACUGGCUGGCCUCAGCAGGUCUGGGCGCUGGAACUGAACCAAUGAAACCGGGACUUUUCCGAGCUAGAAAACG